GUGCCCGCCGCCGCCCCUGUUGGGCUACAGCUCGCCGCUUCGGGCUGGACAGGCGGGGCGCAGCAGCAAGGGGCCUUGGAGUACGGGGCCUCCGACUUGCCCAAGCUCCGGGAGUUGGUGCGCACCUUCGCCUCCCUCGGCGACAAGCGGCAGGAGCAGCACUACCGUCGGCUGGUGGAACAGCUCGAAGCCGCAGCCAGACCGCCUGCACCGCCGACGGUCGGGGCGGCCAAGCACGCGCUGGGCCAGGCGCGGGUUCAACUCGACCGAGCGGUGGCGGCGGCGGAGCUCGAACAGCAGCUCGACGCGGCCAAGCAUGAUGCCAUCGAGGCGCAUGCCAACUUCACGGAGUGCGAGCGCAAGUACCAGGAGGCGGUCAAGGCGCUCCAGGCGGAGGGCGAGAAGCAAGAGCUGGAGGCCCGCAAGGCGCAGGUCCUUCAGAUCUUCCGGGAGGCGGCCAAGACCGCCUUCGGCUCAGCCAAGGAAAAGGCUGCGACGCUGGUGGACGAGCAAAAGGCCUUCACGAAACGCAUGGAG